AUGACCCAGGUUUCAGGUGAAGGAGACCCAUCAGGAAGCACCAACUCUCCAGGGGACGAGAAGAGAUCCGUCACUGUGACUCAAACACCAAUUACCAAAGUAUCUGGAAGAGGUCGUUUUGAUGUCGCCGCCGAGUUUCUCAACCUUCACGCAGCAGAGCAUGGCUCAUAUACUGCUGCCGAGGCCAGACGUGUUCUCUGGAAAAUCGAUAUCCGCCUCAUUCCAUUGAUGACUCUGACCGUUAUCCUCAACGCUCUCGACAAAAUCAUCGUUUCGAACGCAGCAAUCUAUGGCAUGACCAAGGAUUGUCAUCUCCAUGGUCAACAAUAUAGCUGGGUGGCAUCCAUAUUCUAUUUUGGAUAUCUCGUGGCUGAAUUCCCUGCCAAUCUGAUGAUUCAAAAAUACCCUGUUGGCAAACUCAUCGGAAUUGCUGCACUCUGCUGGGGAGCUAUGGUGACGCUGCUGGCUGCCUGCAGUAACGCAGCAGGACUCAUGACCCUGCGUUUCUUCAUGGGGAUGUUCGAGGCUCCCAUGUUUCCUGUCUGUGCCGUCACCACUGUCAUGUGGUACAAGAAGGAUGAACAACCGCUGCGCACAGCGAUCUGGUUUGGACAAUUCUCCUCGCUCUUUUCGGGUAUUGUUUCUUAUGGAAUCGGUCAUAUCCACUCCGGCAUCGCCUCCUGGAGACUGCUGUUUAUUGUCAUGGGUCUCUUCACCCUCUGUUGGGGUACCAUGCUAUACUUCUUUAUGCCGGAUUCACCCUUGGACUGCAGAUUCUUGAAUGACCGAGAGAAAUACAUUGCUGUGCACCGAAUCAAAGAUAACAUGACAGGCAUCGAGAACAAGACCAUCAAAUGGUACCAAGUGCGAGAAGCAUUCACCGACUGGAAGACCUGGCCUUUGGCCGUUUAUUGCCUGUGCAUCAACAUUGCAAAUGGCGGGUUCUAUUCCUUCUCAGCACAAAUCAUCUCCGGUCUUGGUUUCCCGGCCCUGGAAACCACUCUGCUCAACAUGCCCAUCGGUGUUAUAGCAACCUUGUGCAGUAUCGCCGUCACCAUCCCAGGAACGAAAUUCAAAAAUAUGCGCUGUAUUUCGGCCGCAACAGUAGGGCUCGUACCCAUCGCCUGCUGUGUCCUCAUGAUGAAACUUCCACUGGACGAUAAGUAUGGUCGCCUUGCGGUGUACUACGUUGCAUUCACUUAUUGGGCUGGAUACGCGAUGGUUACUUCCCUCCCUAUGGCCAACACUUCGGGACAUUCGAAGAAGGUGGCCCGGAAUGCGAUCAUGUUCCUCUCCUACUGCCUGGGGAACAUCAUCGCUCCUCAAUUUUUCCGAGCGUCCGAAGCUCCCGAGUAUCCCACUGCCUACAGAGCUAUUCUGUCCGGUAUCACGAUUGCAAUGGCGUGUUUGGUCGUCUACGGAGUUGGUGUUCAUUUUGAGAACCGCAAGAUGGUCAAACGUGGUGAUACACAACGCUUUGUCGAAGAGGCUAGUACGGACGAGAUCCUUCUCGAUAUCACAGACAAGGAAAAGAAGGGCUUCGUCUAUGUCUACUAG